GUGAGCGACACAACUCUGCCUCUCGUUCCGUUCUCCCGUUUCAGCUGAACGAUCAAGUUACGUGGCUAGGGAUAUGUUGCAGUGAAGAGAGAGAGAGAGAGAGAGAGAGAGAGAGAGAGAGAGAGAGGCGGAGAGAGAGAGAGACUGCAGCAUCAUUUCAGAUCAGGCAGAAAGCAAGCCACGCGUGCACAUGCAGUGCAGUAGAACGUGCAGGUGAGAGAAAGAAAAAGAGAGAGAAGGCGUGCGUGGAGAAUGAACGAUAGAAUGCAGGACUCUUGGAAAAUACGUAUUUUCUCUCGGUUCAUGACCGACACAUCCUCGCGAACGCACAAGGAAUUAUAAUUGACCGGUUUGUUGACUUCGGGAUCUCUUUUGCCUUUAAAAAAAAACAAGGGUUGCGGAUGUGAGCGAGCUCCGGUUUACGGUUCAGAUUAUUAUUCCGUCCCGAGAAGUGGCUGUGAAAAGCACUAUUGUCUUGUGAAGUUCCGUGAAGGCAUUCGACCAACUGCUUGGCACGUUGCUUCACUGCGGGGAAAAACACACGCGUAGUUCAGACUCAUACCGGAGAGCGAGAGGUAAGAAACCACAUUUAAACUCUAAACGAUGACCGGACGAUAUCAAAUACUUUACUUUUAAACCGAUUGUGUUCCGCUUUGUGGAUGUAAGUAUUUUUUCACAACAUUAGUGAUUCGGGGUCCUGAGACAGAGUCGUGUACAGUUUUCUUUGUGGAAGUGCUGCAUUGCAGUUUCUCUUCAACUCGUCAAAACCGCCGAGAGAGCCCCCUCGGUCCCCCGGAACGCGACCGGAAUUAAGCGAAAUUACUAACGGACUAAUAUAACUGAUACGAGAGUCCUCAAGAGAGGGAGAAACGGAAUACAUCUCCAUCAUAAAAAGAGAGAGAGAGUCAAGUGGAUUAAUUAACGUGAGUAGAUGAUUUGGUUUCUCUCUUCUUGCCGGAUGGAUUUGCUGAUAUCUUUGUGCUCUGAACAUCCCAGAGAGACUUAGAGGAAGUUUAUUUUUAAACCCUCAACAAUAAAGAGAAGGACAAAAGAAUAGAGAAAACAGACUGAAACAGAGACACACCGAUAGUCACAUUAACGACAGAGAGACUGAUCUGCAGUGUGUUAUUAGAGUGCUGUGUGAAGCUUUCCUGGACCCCAGGCAGCGGAACUGCCAAGAGAGAGAGAGGGGGAGAGAGGGAGGGGGGAAGAGUGAGAGAAAGAGAGGGAACAAAGAUAUACAGCCCAGAUAGACACAUUCACGACAGAGAAGGAGGGAAAGGUAGAACUAUAGAUCCCCAGAGAGAGGAAAGAGAGACAGAGGAAAAGAGAGGGAGAGACAGGAAAGAGAGACAGGAAUAGAGAGGGAGAGACAGGAAAGAGAGACAGGAAUAGAGAGCGAGAGAGAGGAAAGAGAGACAGGAAUAGAGAGGGAGAGAGACAGAGGGAUAGAGAGGGAUAGAGAAGAAAGAGAGACAGGAAUACAGAGGGAGAGACAGAGGGAUAGAGAGGGAGAGACAGAGGGAUAGAGAGGGAGAGAGAGGAAAGUGAGACAGGAAUAGAGAGGGAGAGACAGAGGGAUAGAGAGGGAGAGAGAGGAAAGAGAGACAGGAAUAGAGAGGGAGAGAGAGGGAGAGACAGAGGGAUAGAGAGGGAGAGAGAGGGAGAGACAGAGGGAUAGAGAGGGAGAGAGAAGGAGAGACAGAGGGAUAGAGAGGGAGAGAGAAGGAGAGACAGAGGGAUAGAGAGGGAGAGAGAGGGAGAGACAGAGGGAUAGAGAGGGAGAGAGAAGGAAGGUGGGAGCCAUGCGGAGGACAGGGGUAGGUGUCUGUGGUGGAGCAGUGUUCUCCUGCUCGGUAACUCUAACUGGACCGGGGGAGUUGUUCCACCUCCUAGUGCUUCUCCUACUAACGAUGACUCAGCUCCCGGUCACUGACUCGGCUCUCCGUUACCGGGUGGCUGAGGAGGGCCCCACUGACGUUAUGAUCGGUAAUGUGGCUGCCGACCUCGGCCUGUCCGCGGGCACCGGCUCCGGAGAUGUCACAUUUGCCCUAGAGAGCGGCUCGGAGUUCUUCAAGAUUGAUAACGUUACCGGGGAGCUGACUACCGGGCAGCGGAGGAUUGACCGGGAGAAGCUGUCCCAGUGUCAGAUGAUCUUCGAUGAGAACGAGUGUUUCCUGGACUUCGAAGUGUCUGUGAUUGGUCCGCUCCAGAGUUGGGUGGAUCUCUUUGAGGGCCGUGUGGUCAUCACCGACAUCAACGACAACACUCCUUCGUUUCCGUCGUCGGUACUGACAUUAUCUGUCGAGGAGAACCGUCCAAUAGGCACGCUGUAUCUGUUACCCACGGCGACGGAUCGCGACUUUGGGCGCAAUGGGAUUGAUCGUUAUGAGCUGAUUCAAGAUGGCAGCUCUUCCGGGUCGGCGGGGUCAGGGUUGGGGUCAGCGAGGAGAGCAGCCGGUGGGCCUAUGGGAAGAGCGGAUGGAACAGGAGGAGGAGGGGAUAGGAGGAGAGGAGCAUUGGAUAACAACGGAGGAGCUGCAGGAGGAGGUGCAGGAGGAGGUGUGAGGAGCAGUGUGUUUGAGCUCCAGGUCGCCGACACGCCCGACGGUGAGAAGCAACCACAGCUGAUCGUGAAAGGCCCUCUGGACCGUGAAGCACGCGACUCGUAUGAGCUGGUUCUACGGGUCCGGGACGGUGGCAACCCUCCUCGCUCUUCCCAGGCGCUCCUCCGUGUCGCCAUCACCGAUGUCAACGACAACAGCCCGCGCUUCGAGAGAGCCAUCUAUGAGGCCGAGAUGGCGGAGAAUGCGCCUCCCGGAACCCCCGUCCUCCAGGUGCGCGCUUCGGACCGUGACGUCGGCGUCAACGGACAGGUGGAGUACGUCUUCGGCGCUGCCACGGAAUCUGUCCGCCGUCUUCUCCGACUGGACGAGGCUACCGGUUGGCUGAGCGUCCUCCACAGGAUUGACCGGGAGGAAGUGGCCCAGUUACGGUUCACGGUUACGGCAAGGGAUCGUGGUCAGCCGCCGCGCACCGACCGGGCGACCGUAGUCCUGGUGGUCCGGGAUGAGAACGACAACGUUCCGGUCGUGGAGAUCAGGAAGAUCGGACGGAUUCUGGUGAGGGACGGAGUGGCACUGGUACCGGAGAAUGUUCUGGUGGACACACCGGUGGCGCUGGUUCAGGUGUCAGACCGUGACCAGGGGGAGAACGGGGCGGUAACGUGCACGGUGGUCGGGGAUGUACCGUUCACCCUGAAACCAGCGGGAGAGACGGCGCUCCUGCCACUGCCCGCGGAUGACGCCUUCGACAGAAACCGUAAGAAGUAUUUCCUCCACACUUCGGCCCUGUUGGAUUACGAGGCCACUAAAGAGUACAGCGUGACCAUCGUGGCAGUCGACUCCGGUUCCCCGUCUCUCUCCAGCAACAGCUCUCUCAUGGUCAGGGUAGUCGACAUCAACGACCACACUCCUGCCUUCGCCCAGGCCGUGGUGGAGGUCCACUUUGCCGAGAACAACCAACCAGGAGAGCGUGUGGUCACCGUGGUUGCGGCGGAUGCCGACUCCGGCAAGAAUGCAGAGAUUGUGUAUUCCUUGGAUCCGUCCGUUAACGGCCUGUUCUAUAUUGAUGCUGACAAUGGGGAUAUCCGUGCGACGGGGGUUCUGGACCGGGAGGUCAGGGAGAGGUACGAGUUCCAGGUGAUCGCCAGGGAUAAGGGAUUCCCCUCGCUGCAGGGGUCGGCCACGGUGGUAAUCAUGGUGACCGACCGCAACGACAAUACUCCGAAGUUCGUCCAGGAAGUGUUCACGUUCUACGUAAAGGAGAACCUCCUUGCCAACAGCCCAGUCGGCAUGGUAACAGUAACAGACGCGGAUGAGGGUGAGAACGCGGAGCUGAGUCUUUUCGUAGAGAUGGAGGAAGAAGAAGGAGAUGAGGUUGAGGGAGGUCGAGGGGAGAAGCACAAGGGAGUAGGAGAGGAGGGAGGAGGAAGAGGAGGGAGAGGUGAAGACACGUUCUCCAUAGAGAACAACACAGGGACGAUCUUCUCCUCCGUGGCAUUUGACCGGGAACGCCGUUCCACCUACACCUUCCGCGUCCGGGCCAUCGACGGCGGGGCUCCUCCUCGCUCCGCCACGGCGACAGUCUCCCUCAUCGUAACUGAUGAGAACGACAACGCCCCCUCCGUGACCUCACCCACCAACGAAUCCUACACCCUCCUCCCCCCGGCCUCCUCCACCCGGACCAUCGUCAGAACCGUGGCCGCCUCGGACUCGGACUUUGGCCGCAACGCUGACCUGCGCUUCUCCCUGGUAGGAGGGAACCCCUUCAGGCUGUUUGAGAUCGGCCUGGCCAGUGGAGUGAUCACUGUGGCAGAGCCCCUAGAGAGGAGACACAGGGGGCUGCAUCGCCUGGUGGUCAGGGUCAAUGACAGUGGAGAGCCGUCGCUCUGCGCCACCGCGCUGGUCCACGUCUUCAUCAACGAGAGUCUGGUCAACGCUACACUGGUGGACGCACAGGUGGCUCGUAGUCUGGCCGCCCCUCUCUACCUGGACAUCGCAGGCGACCCCGACAGUGAGCGAGCGUUGGGGAAACAGCGCCUCUCGGUGGCCAUCGGUGUCCUAGCGGGCGCCGCGGCAGUCAUCCUGGUCAUCCUCCUAGUGGUGAUGGCCCGCCAGUGCGGCGCCCAGGGCAAGAACGGAUACGAGGCCGGGAAGAAAGAACCGGAGGAGGAUUUCUUUAGCCCUCAACCGGCCGUGCCACAAACCAGGGGAGGGACGUUGGACCGCGGACGGAAGCCCCGCAGGGACAAACGGAACGGAGGCGCCGGAGGAGCCGGAGCCAAUAAAACUGAACGGCCGCUCUACAGCGGCGUCGUCACGGUCAACGGGCUCCGGCGCCACGGCAACGACCACCACGUCGCCAACAUCGACGAUGACGACGAGGACGUGAGCAGCGCCAGCGAGAGGUUGGCGGCUAGGUACUGCGCGGUGGACGGAGACCCCGGGAGCCCACGCAUGGGCGCCAGGCAUCACCAGUCGAGCCCGGAUCUGGCCAGGCAUUAUAAGUCAAGCUCGCCGCUCCCCGCGGUGCACCUCCAGCCCUACAGCCCCCCAGCCGAGGGGAAAAAGCACCAGGCUGUACAGGAGCUACCCCCCUCUAACACCUUCGUGGGGUCUGGAGGGUCCAGUGGUAGUGGUGGAAGUGGGAACGCUGAUGCCAUGUCUCUGGGGUCAGACCAGUGUUCUGAGUAUGGAUCCCAAACGGGGAAUAAGUACAGCAAACAGGCGACCCUGCGGAGGGUGACGUUCUCCGUGGUCCCGGGUCCUCAGGACGGUGGUUGCUAUGACAGCUCUGCAGAGGACUCUGAGACCCCCAGCAGUAAGGGUUCAUCUGGACCCCGAGUGGGGGCGCUGUCUCUCCCCGAGGAGGGGUACGAGAGGACCACACCUGAGGGAAGUGUAGGAGAGGAGGAACAUGUGGAAAACGAUGCCAGACAGCUCCCAGACGUAGCCCUGACAGGGAAGUGCACGAGGGAGUGUGAUGAGUUUGGACACUCCGACACUUGUUGGAUGCCCGCCGCUGUCCGCCCGUCGCCUCGGCAACACCAGCGCCAGCGCCACGUCAGCGAGCCGCCCCGCCUGUCCACCUUCGCCUCCCCUGGCAAUGACAACAACAAUAACCAUGACGACGAUGAUGAGGAAGAUAGUGACAGCGAGAGCGCCGGCAGCGCCGGGAGUUCCGAACCGGGCGUAGUCAGCGUGGGAGUCGGCGGAGGAGGUCAGAGGUUACCGUUAGCCAAUGGGGAUCCUCUCGGCAGCCUGGUGGGCAGAGACAGGAUGAACCGGAACAUGGGCGACCACAACCGGAACCUACUCAACCGGAAGAUGACGUCAGCGUCGUACGACACGUUCAGCUCCGCCGGGUUCGGGAGACGCCAUCACGAGGAGGAUAGGGGGGGUCAGGGCAGGAUCAACCCUCCGGAGGUUAUACCAUUAACGAGGACCGGGGACUACAAGACCACGUCGUGCCUCACGCUCUCCCGUAGAGAGGUCUACCUGUAAGAGCAGGAUGGAUGGAUCAGUCCACUGCUGCUGCACCCCUUUGCUGAUGGAAUGGAACAUUCCAUCCCUGUUUGUCCUGGUGAAAUGGAACAGUCCACUUCUAGACAUUGGAAUGAAAUGGUCCAUUUCUGUUGAGGUUCUUUUGUUGAGAACUUUGACCAGCUGUGAAUAAUAACAAUAAUAACAAUAAUAACAACACCUUAAGAAGAGAGGACCGCUCAGUGGGUUUGGGUUUGUUUUGGAGACAAGACACCACACAACUACAAAACCACACUGGGACCUUAAACUCCAAUAAGAAAUGACUAUAAGGUGUAAAUAAAAAAAAGAAGAAUGGUGUGAAUUAACUGAACACCCCCCUCCCACUUGUGUAGAAGUUUCUCUCAAAAAACAGAUCUAGGAUCAGUUUACUCUUCCCUGAAUCCUAACCUGAAGUAUUACAGGAAGCAACACAUUACUGAACUGAGAUCAGUGUCAACUUCUUUCUUCUCUCUUUUUUUUAAUACUCUUUAAAGUUAAUCAGAUGCAUGUCUAACCUCCCACCAACGGGGGAGCUGUGGGGAGAUGGGAGAGAGAUGGAGGAACUGGGCCUGAUGCCAUACACGCCUCAGGACCAAUGGGAACACUCGCUGAGGUGUACGUGACCAAUAAAAUUUGAUUUGAAGACUUAUGAUCGGACAGAUCUAAAUCUGACUAAUGUGGCGAACCCCAUGAUGGGACGCCAUGAAGGUUUAACCAAUCAAACGAUAGGACCCCUGAGCUGUCGUUGUAAAAGGAAUUUGAAUGGAUUUCAUGCUCAUCAAUCAAAUGUGAUUUAAACCUAAUCCACCAAUCAUCAUAUGGCAUUAUUGACAAGUAGCAUCGAGAUAUUAACCAACCGUACAACGAGGAUUAUCAGAAUCUAACCAAUCACGGACAAAAUAUUUUCAGUAACAACCAAUCGGAUUCUUUGGCAAAGACGAGGACUCAGGAAAAGAUAACUGAUUGAAAAAAAAAACACAUCAGGUAUUUUUGAAAACACAAAGACUUGAAGGCAAAAAACAAUGUGACGUUUUUCCAGAUAUGAGCCAGAAUCCCUGGGAAUACAAGGUCCCUACGAGUACCAGUGCCAACGCAUUCCAGCGUUUUCUAAUGAACAAAUUACACUUUUUUCUGUCUUUCUGCUCUACUCCUGCUGAGACUAGGGAAGCUAAGUUCUGGAAAUGUUCCCACAAUUCCAAGGUUUUUCAGUAAUCCUGGUUGGAGGAUCCUAUUCCAAGGAACCUUUUAUAACCGAGAUUCCUGGGAAAAAAACUGGGGAUUUUGGGAAAGUUAGUGGUUCGUUAGUUACCUAGUCGAGACUGUACAUAUAUGUGGUUUAUGUGGUUUAGACGGGCAGUGUUCCAACACUGCCAUCCAUUCAUUAAGGCCAUUACUCUACCGUGCUGAACACCAGCUACUUCAUUCAUUAUGUAUAUCAGGAUCUUCCCUCUCUCACACACACAAUGUAGUGAAACACACACACACACACUCAGUGAAACCAUACCCACACAACGUAGACGUGCGACAUACACACGCACACACACACACACAUUCAGUGAUACCAUACCCACACAACAUAGACGUGCGACGUGCACACACACACUCACACACUCACACACACACUCAGUGAAACCAUACCCACACAACAUAGACGUGCGACACACACACACACACACACACACACACACACACACACACACACACACACACACACACACACACACACACACUCACACACACACACACACACACAAUGUAAUCUACAUGCAUUUAACCAUAUUUUAACAUGUAACAUGUUGCCUCUGAAAACUAGCUUUUUGCCUGCUCCCCCCCCCUCUUCACCCUCCUUCAUGUCAACAUGUAUUUAAAUAAGUCUUUCAACACAUUAAAGGGAUGUUUUGGUCUAUAUAGCGGCUCUACAUUAAAGGGAUGUUUAAACUAUUCCUCUAACAGUACAUAGAACAAACCUACAUAGAACAAACCUACAUAGAACAAACCUACAUAGAACAAACCUACAUAGAACAAACCUACAUAGAACAAACCAACAUUUUCGGGGAGAAAAAAAUAACCUGAACUCUUCUUCUGCAUGGAAUAAAAGCUAAAUGCUCAUUUGUUUUUGUUUUUUGGGGGGGGGGGGGGGAAACCAGACGCCUUCUUUUUGGAGAUAUUAUGCAUCUCUGAGAACAUGAUGUAUGUUUGUGUGUUUGUGUGUGAGGGAGAAGGAGAGAAGGAGAGAGGGAGAGAGAGCAUCAGUGUGUGAAGUCAUCACGAGGAGAGGAAGAGAGAGAAACCCCGUCCCUUUGUGAGGUUAUUCGCUGCAGCAAUUAGAGAGGAAAGGAGAAACUCCUCACGUUGAUAAGUGGAAGGACUGUAGGGUCCAGGAGCUACACCUUAACGAUCGAAAACAGCAUCCUCUCCUUGUCUCCUUUCUAAAAGGAAGCCAGAAUCGUCUACACCUUAAAAGUCUAAAGAAAGAUCACUCACCAUACAAUCAGUGACUUUAACUUCAGUUACACACGAACCAACUCUCAGGUAAGACUUGACACCAUGUGUACAGUACGUUGUUUGUAAGGCAAGCGGCUGGGUUUCUACAAAACCAUGAAUUCUCCCUUAGAAUUAGAAUUGAGUUCUAAUUCAAUCCCUUAGAAUUCGAUUUAGAAUUGAGUUCUAAUUCAAUCCCCCAGAAUGUGAGUUAGAAUUGAGUUGUAGUUCUAUGGUUCCCCUCUCUCUCUCUCUCCACUCUUCUCUAUGGUGUCACUGACCUUCUCAAACCUUCCUCCCUCUAACCUCUUGUCUCCCAACCUGCUGUCUCUGAAGCUCUGUGAUUGGUGGACUGGACUCAGCGGUGCGCUGAUGUAACAAUGAACGGAAGUUCUGUUUGGGUUCUAGUUCCAGAACGUUGGGUUCCAAUCCGGAAUGCUCGAAGGGGAUUGGUCUGUCUACGCCAUAAUCCUACCGGGUUUUCUAGCUCACCUUGAGCCACUGACAUAUAGUAGAUACUAUGUAGUAACCAUGACCACACUGUCCCUGGAUAUACGGAAAUCAUGGAGCUGGAUUCCAACCCACAGGGUCUGGAUUCAGGAGCUGAGUUAGCCCUGACGGACCAGGAGAACUUUGCUACAAGAGACUCUGAAAACAAUGAUUUGUGUUUAUUACAAGACAGAUCUUUUCUUCCCGGGAAGUCAAUCUGCUGUUUUAAUGCAGAGUCUCGUACAGACAUCCUACCCUACUACCACACUACCCUACCUUUCCUUCCCCGGGCCAAACACGGACCUAUAGGAACAUGAAUCUGUGUCUGCGUACUGUAUGGCCCUAGUCCCUAUAGAAGACAUGUAGGGGGUCAGUCGUCAAAAGUCGUGAAGUGUGCAGGGAUUAGGGUGGCAUUUGGGAGGCUGGCACGGUGUGGGAGUAUGUCUGUUUUAUAUACUGCACGUUUAAAGACAAUUUACAUCACUUCUUCUUAGCCCUGUUAUGUGGGCCUGGAGAGAGAUAGGACAGGGUGAUAACAGACCUGGAGAGAGAUAGAGGACAGGGUGAUAACAGGCCUGGAGAGAGAGAGAGAGAGGGAGAGAGAGGACAGGGUGAUAACAGGCCUGGAGAGAGAGAGAGGGGAGAGAGAGGACAGGGUGAUAACAGACCUGGAGAGAUAGAGGACAGGGUGAUAACAGACCUGGAGAGAGAGAGAGAGAGAGAGAGAGAGAGAGAGAGAGAGAGAGAGAGAGAGGGAGAGAGAGAUAGGACAGGGUGAUAACAGACCUGGAGAGAGAGAG